AUGCCUGCUGAUUACAAUGGGACGUGGAAAAUGGAAUCCAAUGAAAACUUUGACGGUUACAUGGUUGCCUUAGGCAUUGAUUUUGCCACUCGUAAGAUUGCAGGACACUUGAAACAAACAAAGGAAAUUAUUCAAGAUGGAGACAAUUUUAAGACAAAAACAUUGAGCACUUUGAGAAACUAUGAACUGAAUUACACUGUGGGAGUGGCAUUUGAAGAACACACCAAGGGGCUUGACAACCGAGUUGUUCAGACACUAGUGAAUUGGGAUGGUGAUAAAUUAGCAUGUGUCCAGAAGGGGGAGAAGGAAAACAGAGGCUGGACGCACUGGAUUGAAGGAGAUAGACUGCAUUUGGAGCUGACAUGUGAAGACCAGGUGUGCCAUCAAGUAUUUAAGAAGAAAAAGUAA